GCUUUUAUUUUGAAAACCGAAAAUACACUUUUUUUAUUGUGGUGAGCUUCACAGAGGUCUCGCACAGCAGGCAGGUCCACCAUCAGCGCGGAUACGAUUACAGAAAUGGGCUCGGCUGUGCGGUUAUCGAUGCUCGGCCUCUUCCUGUGCCUGCAGCUCGGCAGAGCUCCAGCUCGCAGCCCCCGCACGGCGGAUCAGGUGUCUGAGGCCGACAUCCAGCGGCUCCUGCACGGCGUCAUGGAGCAGCUAGGCAUCGCUCGGCCCAGGGUGGAGUAUCCCGCACAUCAGGCCACCAACAUUGUCGGUCCUCAGAGCAUACAGGGUGGUGCUCACGAGGGGCUGCAGCAUCUAGGCCCCUUUGGAAACAUCCCCAACAUUGUGGCCGAGCUGACAGGUGACAACGUUCCCAAAGACUUCAGUGAUGACCACGGAUACCCAGACCCUCCAAACCCCUGUCCCCUGGGAAAGACCGCAGCUGAUGGCUGUUUGGAAAACGCUCCAGACACGGCCGAGUUCAGCCGAGAGUUUCAGAAACACCAGCACCUAUUUGACCCAGAGCACGACUACCCAGCCCUGGCAAAGUGGAACAAGGAGCUUUUGUACCAAAAACUGAAGGGAGGACCAAAAAGAAGAAAAAGGAGCGUGAACCCGUAUUUGAUGGGCCAGAGGCUGGACAACGUGGUCGCCAAAAAAUCUGUUCCUCACUUCUCAGAGGAAGAGGAGGAAGAGGCACCGACCGUCUCUGCUGCCAGCAAAUCCACAACCUAAACUCCUGAGCCUGCAGCACUCACUGUAAUAUUAAAGUACACUGUCAGAUAAAAGUUUUUAACACAACGUAUUAAAGCAUUUUUGGUUAACGAGCAAAGGAAAUGUGACUUCAGUGUAAUUCCUUUCCACUGUAUUGUUGAUUUUAGCCGGUCUUGUUCACUAAUUAGGCGCAACGUAUCUUUUUAAAUAAAACAAAUUUCAAUUCAUGACUGAGAAAAUGCUGAAUCUGAAGCCAAAGCUUCAUCAACAGCGAACAGGUUGGACUUUGUGUUGAGAUUUCUUUUGAUAGUUUCUGUUUUGGAAUUUAACCUUAAAGCUCAAAAAUCAAACUGUUUCUAGUCUGCAGUCAGUCAAAAGUCUCAUUACCUGAGAUUGAUCCAUUUAACCCAAAAAUGCUAAAAUAUGAAGAAUUGACUGGCAGUGUACAGUAUAUCUACAACUGUAUUAUAAUAAGAAGUUGUAUAGAGAUAUAUUGAUUUGAAGGGAUGUCGAAUGAGAGUUAUUAAUCAUGACUGUACAGAUCAAUUUACUCUGAAGUUUUGAAAUUUAAUUUUUGUAUGUCUUGAUAUAACCCGUUAAUCACCUCCGUGUCUUGAAGAUUGGAUAUUCUUGGAAGUGAAAUUAUAAAUAGCUUAAAGUAGCUUUGCUUUGUCUCUUCACUGUAGCAUGGCGACUAUUGUACAUCUGAUAAUCUAUACACCAUACUGCGGUAAUCUGAGUCUCUACAGGCAGCACUAAAGCCGUCUUGGGUCACUUCAUCUUGACAAAAAUUUGUUGUGUUAUGUUUUUGUUCUGUGAAGUCAAAUAAACGAUUUAUCUGCA